UCCAAAUGUUUUCUCUCUGUCUCAAAUCUCAAGCAACAAGGCUCGUUUUGCAAAGAAAAUCAAUCUUGCUAGCCAUGAGAGUCAUCCUAACCAAGUACUUGUAACUAUAUCCAUUAUAAAUACAAUGCGAACGCCUCCAUUCUUGCAGAAAUAAGUGAAAUGGUAGCUUGGGAGGAAGCCAUGAACAUACAACAACUUCUCUUCCCUCUCUGCUUCUCACUGCUCCUACUAAUCCCAUUUACGUCUCAACAACAAUAUGCAUGUAACAAGAGCAACCAAUUUCCUUUCUGUAACACCUCCUUAUCAUUCGAGGACCGAGCCAAGGACCUGGUGUCAAGGCUAACUCUACAAGAGAAGGUGCAACAAUUGGUGAACACGGCUGCUGGAAUUCCCCGACUAGGCGUUCCUGCCUACGAAUGGUGGUCCGAGGCACUUCACGGGGUCUCUGAUGUUGGUCCUGCAGUACGUUUCAACGCCACCGUGCCCGGUGCCACUAGUUUUCCAGCAGUGAUACUAUCAGCAGCCAGUUUCAAUGCUACAUUAUGGUUUAAGAUGGGGCAGGUGGUGUCUGACGAGGCUCGCGCCAUGUACAAUGUGGGUUUAGCAGGGUUAACAUAUUGGAGUCCUAACGUGAAUGUUUUCCGUGACCCGAGAUGGGGUCGUGGCCAAGAAACGCCAGGGGAGGAUCCUCUGGUUGUGUCAAGAUAUGCUGUGAAUUAUGUCAAAGGAUUACAAGAAGUGAAAGGGAACAAUAACAGCCGGCAACUCAAGGUUUCAAGUUGUUGCAAGCAUUACACUGCUUAUGAUGUUGAUAACUGGAAAGGCAUUGAUCGAUUUCAUUUCGAUGCAAAGGUAACAAAGCAGGACUUGGAGGAUACAUAUCAACCACCAUUUAAGAGCUGUGUGGAAGAGGGACAUGUCAGUAGUGUCAUGUGUUCUUACAAUAGAGUGAAUGGGAUUCCUACUUGCGCUGACCCGGAUUUGCUCAAAGGAGUUGUUAGAGGCCAAUGGAAUCUUGAUGGAUACAUUGUCUCAGACUGUGAUUCUAUAGAGGUUUAUUACAACUCCAUUCACUAUACUUCAACACCAGAAGAUGCAGUAGCUUUGGCUCUAAAAGCAGGUUUAAACAUGAAUUGUGGGAAUUAUCUGGGGAAGUACACGGAAAAUGCAGUAAAUUUAAAGAAAGUAGACGAGUCUGUUGUAGACCAGGCCUUGGUAUAUAACUAUAUAGUCCUAAUGAGACUCGGGUUCUUCGAGGGUGAUCCCAAAUCGCUCCCAUUCGGGGAUCUUGGACCGUCUGAUGUAUGUACUGAUGAUCACCAAGAGUUGGCUCUUGAUGCAGCAAGGCAAGGAAUUGUUUUGCUUGACAACAAUGGAGCACUUCCUUUGUCCAAAAAUGGCACCAAGAAUUUGGCUGUCAUUGGACCAAAUGCCAAUGUCACCAGAACAAUGAUAAGCAACUAUGCAGGCAUACCUUGUCGCUAUACGACCCCUUUGCAAGGGCUGCAGAAAUAUGUAGCAUCAGUUACAUAUGAGGCAGGGUGUGGGAGUGUCAAAUGCAGUGACGAGACCUUAAUCGGAGCAGCAGCUAAGGCUGCGACCGUGGCUGAUGCAGUGGUGGUGGUUGUGGGGCUUGAUCAGUCUAUAGAGGCUGAGGGAUUGGACAGAGAGAACUUGACACUGCCAGGGUAUCAAGAGAAACUUGUGAUGGAAGUUGUUAGUGCAACAAAUGGGACAGUGAUUCUUGUUAUUAUGUCUGCUGGUCCAAUUGAUGUUUCUUUUGCAAAGAACAACAGCAAGAUUGGAGGAAUUCUGUGGGUAGGGUUUCCAGGUCAAGCUGGAGGAGAUGCCAUUGCUCAAGUCAUCUUUGGAGACUAUAAUCCAGCUGGAAGGUCUCCGUUUACGUGGUAUCCGAAGGAGUAUGCGGAUCAGGUGGCCAUGACAGACAUGAAUAUGAGGGCUAAUGCCACAGCAAACUUCCCUGGAAGAACUUACAGAUUCUACAAUGGCAAGUCCAUCUAUGAGUUUGGGCAUGGACUAAGCUACUCAACCUACUCCAAGUUCAUAGUCUCUGCCCCUUCUACCUUCCUUGUCCAACCAACAUCCAAUUUUGACACAAACAACAUCCCAUUUUCCAAUUCCAACAUUGCCAAACAAUAUCCGGAUUCCAAUGCUCAAGUAAUUCACGUUUCAACAGUAAAUUGUGAGAAAUCACAGUUUGACAUUGUGAUUGGAGUGAAGAACAAGGGACGGAGAGAUGGGGCGCAUGUAGUUCUAGUGUUUUGGAAGCCUCCGCGCUCAGGAGGGGUGAAUGGUGCACCAAGUGUACAGUUAAUUAGAUUUGAGAGGGUACAACUGAAGGUGGGAAAGACAAAAAAUGUGACAAUGAGUUUGAAUGUGUGCGAGGGACUUAGUCUGGUGGAUGAUAACGGGGAUAGGAAGUUGAUUCUGGGGCAGCACACACUUGUCGUUGGCUCUUCCGGUGAGCGCCGACUGCAGCACCGUCUUAAUCUCAGGCUGGCUUCAACAGUGACAGGAGGCAGUAUUGUCUCAAUGUAGAACAUAGCACCAGCAGCACCACCACCACCAAAAGUAUUGAUGCAUAGUGUACUUGCUGCUCUAUUGUAGUAUGCAACAGUUGAUGUUCAGGCUGCUUUUUUAUGUGAGAUUAGUAGCUCCAAAGCGAGACAUUGUUUAGUAUUGUACACUUAUUUGUAAUAAGUAUGUAUGGGUGGUGUUGGCAACAAAAUAAAUGAUCUAUUAUCAAAAUGGAAAGCAGGGCAUAACCCAUAACUUUCACCUCCA